GUCGUCCCGGCCAUCACUACUACACAACGAUGAAAAGUUGUAUUCGAACUUAUUGAACACCCCGCACAACUGCGACUAGUCACCCUGUGCUGCCUUUGGUCCUGUGGCAGGCUGUCAAAACAACACAAACAACGUUUCGCUUCAGUGUGAAUUGUGGCUGUUUUGGGCUGUUUGGUGUUUAUCUGCCGUUCGCUGCUACCGUAACAGAAACCAACCAUGGAGCUAGUUGUGCAGGAAAUGUGGAACUUUUGUCGAUUUUGUUUAAGCCAGGACGAAGAUCUUCUUAUCCCGAUCAGGAACGCACUGGACGAGCACAUCACGGUCGACAAUAUAGAACGAUUCACGGGCAUCGUUAUCGAACCGGACGAAAACAUUCACGAUGCCAUAUGUGCCGAUUGCUCCAUCCGAUUGUACAAGUAUGCUGUCUUCCGGCGGUCUUGCUUAAGGAACGAUGCCUAUUUACGUAAAAUUUACCCACAAAUGUGUGCUGAUGACAUACUGGAUGAAGUAGAUGCUGCAGCGGCUAAUCACAGUACCGACCCGUGUGUUAACCGGCAGUUGGAAAGUGUCGUUCCGAAGGCAUCCUCUUCCCGAGCGACGAGUGUGUCAGAAGAAGAAGAAGUAGAAGAAGUAGAAGAAGUAGAAGAAGUAGAGGUAGAAGAAGAAGAAGAAGAAGAAGAAGAAGGAUCUUCAUGCUUCUCAAGCGAACAACCCACCACACAGUCGAUGGUGCUCGCAAGCUCCUCUAUCCCACCAGCGACCGAUCGUGGCGUGAAGGAUGAGCUAGUGGAAGAAGAACUGUACUCGGCUAACUACAUCGCACCGGGCGAAGAUUUGGACGAUGACGCGCGGGGCUCCAGCGACGACGACAGCUUCAUAGCGGAAAUGUACAACGCCAUCAUGCGCAAACCGCAACGAGCCUACACGCAGUCAAAAAUUGAGCAAGAGUACAUUUCGAACGAAAUGUACCACCUGCUGGACCUGUCGAAGUAUCGGCGCCAGCGGUAUCUGUGCGAAAUGUGCGGGAAGAUGGUGAGCGAUAUCGUGUCGCACAUCGUCAGCCACAAGCAGGAGGCCCGGUACGCGUGUCCGCACUGUCCCGUCCGCAUGACGCACUCGGCCAACAUGAUGCGGCACGUGCAGGCGGUACACGAGCGCAGGAUAGUGAAGACGUGCAAACAAUGCGGCAAAGGAUUUACGCACAAAAAUGGCUACGAAUCGCAUAUGCUAUCACACCACGGCAUCGGGACGCAGCAUGAGUGCAAAGUGUGCGGAAAGAAGUUCAACCACAGGAGCAGCGUGAGAGAGCACAUCAGAAGGUAUCACGAAAUGGAGAGUUACAGCUGCUCGUUGUGUGACAAAACGUUCAAAAUGAGGAGAGCACUUCAAAAUCAUCAGCUAGUUCACAGCACGGAAAGGCCGUACGCAUGCCCGCGGUGUCCGAAGCAGUUUAAAAGCGCCAAAACUAGAUCCAUCCAUUUACGCACGCACAGCGGCAUCCAGUUCAAAUGCACGCUGUGCGACAAAACCUAUCGGUACAAAACGCUGCUUAAUAUACACCGUCGUAAAAUGCACCCGACGGAAGGUCUGAGCAAUGAGUGAAUUGAUCCACACACAAAACAAGAAAUAAACGGUGAGAGCGGAACUGCAAUUUUGUUGCCUUUGCCAAUCCUGUGUCAUCGUACGGUAGUAGUUGGAGAAUAUUUUCCCCCUGUUAUUACCGGUUCACCAGGGCAUCAACGUUACACUUUGAACAGAAAGAAAGGAAUACAUUAGACAAAAUGGAAAUUUUUUGGCAGUUAGUGACAAAA